AUGGCCUACAGUGUUAAGUAUGCGAUGCGGCCGCACUCCUGCUUAUUGACUGAUAAGAAUGUGAUAGGUACAUCGUCGUCGUCGUCGACUGACCGGGUGGGCGAGGGGUGCAGCAAGGACGACAUCGUGGUGCACCAGGGGGCGACGCCGCCGCUGCCCAGCGGGAUCCCGACGUACACCGUGGUGGUGCUGAACCUGUGCCCCUCGCGUGGCGGCUGCGCCAUGGCCCACAUCCACCUCACCUGCGGCGCCUUCAGCUCCGCUCGUCUCGUCAACCCCCGCAUCUUCCGCCGCCUCCGCGUCAACGACUGCCUCCUCAACGAUGGCCGCCCCCUUCCCUCGGGCUCCUCCAUCUCGUUUCAGUACGCCAACUCCUUCUCCUACCCCCUCGCCGUCUCCAACGCCUCCUGCAUCCGCUCCUCCUAA